AUGGCAAUUUCAGCAGACGAUCUCCGUGCAAUUCUUCAACAACAGCAGUCGCAGUUCGAGGCCGCUCAGCUCCGUUUACUCGAUACUCUAACGCGUAACCUCUCCCUGGUUUCCAAGGACAAGGCACCGCAGGAUGAACAUACCAACAUUGAAUCAAUUGUUUCUACAAUUCAGAUUUUCCAGCAUGACGUUGCAUCGGGUGUUACUUUUGAGUCCUGGUUCAAGCGCUAUGAGGACAUUUUUCGUGUUGAGUUCGGUGGGAAGGAGGAUUCAUGGCGAUCACGAACACUGCUUCGUAAGUUGGGGAUCACGGAGCAUGAUCGUUUCGUAAACUAUAUUUUGCCCAAACACCCACGCGAAUUUUCUUUUGAUGACACGGUUCAGUGCCUCACACAGAUUUUUGGCGAACGUUCCUCGCUCUUCAGCACACGUUAUCAUUGCUUAAAACUCGUCAAGCACUCCAUGGACGACUACAUUACCUACGCAGGUAUCGUUAACCGCGAGUGUGAGCGUUUUAAACUUGCAUCCAUGACCGAGACACAGUUCAAGUGUCUCAUGUUUAUUUGUGGUCUACAAUCUCCGUCAGACGCGGACAUCCGCACACGUCUUCUCACCAGACUGGAGCAAGACCCAGACAUAACGUUGCAGAAAAUGGCUGAGGAAUGUCAGCGCCUGAUCAAUUUGAAGCAUGAUUCCCGUAUGGUGGAACAGCAGCAGAUCAACAUGGCAGAUGUCAGACCGGUCAGAGCACACAAACAGGAGUCCAAAAAGCCACCAACAGCAUGUUGGAACUGUGGCGCAUGGCACUACGCCUCACAGUGCACUUUUCGCCGACAUCGGUGCAAUCAGUGUCAACGCUUUGGUCACAAAGAUGGUUUCUGCAAGCCACGCAACUCAACUAAAGCUGACAAUUCCAACAAACGGUUUCCGAAACCACCGCAGAAGGCUAGUCGCAGCAUUGUUGCUAGCUAUCAAGUCAACGCGACAUCGCGAAGACGCUAUCUAACAACACAGGAUCGGACAUCACGAUUAUUUCGCAAACGAUUUGGGAAUCCAUCGGACGUCCUCCAGUUAUGCCCACUCAACAGACAGCCCUCAGUGCAUCCGGAACAACUCUCGGUUUGGUUGGUGAGUUACGUUGCUUGGUAUCUUAUAAUGGUCAAAAAUUUGAGUCUAUAUGCUACCUCACUAACCAACCAGGAUUGA